UUUGGGUUUGCCUUACAACAGCAAUAGCAUGGAUUAGUUGUACAGCCAAGAACUUUAGGGAAAAAAUGUCGGAUGAAGAAGAAUUUGAGGAGAUUGAACGAAUUGUGCUUGGAUUAGAUGAGCCUGAUUUUGAUCUUUACGACCGUGUUGCUUGCUUAGAUAUGGUAAAAGCACAUCAACUUGAAAGAAAACGACGACAGUUUCACAGUAUGGGAAAUCUUCGUGAAGGAGGUGGAGGAACAACAGUGACAGGAGAAAUGGCUCCAACUUUUGACGAUAGUGGUGCUGGUAGUGAACAACAAUCUUCAAUUACUGCUGCUAUUUCUCCUGGACCUACAAGACAAUCACCAGCAGCUAAAAAUACAAAUUCUGUUGAAAAUUUGUUGCAACACACUGGGGGUGUUCAAAAUAAUUUUUCUGAAGGAAAGGAAUUGGCUACAACAACUCCUCUGGGUGUAGAUACUCAACGAGCAGUUGCUUCUUCUACAAUUAAAACAAGUCCGCUAUUGCGUUUUGCUGAUAAAACGGAAGAACAAAAUAUUCCACGUCAAAAAAGAGGUGUAGAGGAACAAGCGGCAUUAGAAGGAAUUGGAGCAAGUGGAGGUAUGGUGGAUCCAAAAAUUCGACAUUUUUGGUCUGAAGCUGUUGAUUUGAGUGAAAUACGGAAUGUCGAGGAUCAAACAGAAUUCCGUUCUUUACGUGCUCAACUUGGAAUUGAUAAAAUCUCCGCAGAAACACUUUCUCAAUAUCAUGUAAGAGGACAUAUGGAUGCUUUUGAUCAACCAGCUAUUUGUUAUCCACGUUAUAGAGGUCCUUCAACUCGUAAUAGAAUUCCUAAUGGUUUAAAAGUAAUUCGAAGAGUUUCUGGUGGUAAAUUAACUAAAGAAAAUUAUCCCGAUGAAAGUUCAGAAAAGGUUCGUUUUACUGGAAUGUUUGGACUUCAAAUGGUUACACAAUUUGAUAAUAGGUUUUGUUUUUUUAAUUUUGUUUUUUAUAUUUUUAAAGAAUUGUUUUAUGCACAAAUGAACGCAGUAUAUGACGCUUCAAAUGGCAUUCCAGCACUUUCAUUACCAUUAGGGGAACGUUUUGAUUCUACAGUCAUUCCUUAUUUGGAAGAUUUUGAUUUGAUUUAUAUUUGGUUUCCUCACAUUCAUGAACGUUUUGCCAAAAGUUAUGCUUCUUAUUUAAACGCCGCUCGUUGUUACAUUAUUACGGCAUCUCUUCGCCCAGUUGAAUUAGUUCGUGAUAACCAUGCCGUUCGUGUUCGUUACAAAGGAUUCCGUUCUGUUCAAGAUUUACGCGAUUCAGUUCGAAGUGAAAUUGUUCAGAGCAAAACAAAACUUUCUGGUUUAACAAUGUGGAAACGCUAUGCUUUAUUAAAUAAUUAUUUGCGUGGAUUUCGUCCAUCAGAAAUUACAAUUUUAAGUGGUGGAAGUUAUGGCAAAACAACAUUUAUGUGCGAAUAUGCUAUGGAUCUUUUUACUCAAGGAAUUCGAACACUUUUUUGUAAUUUUGAAAUGCCCGAAGAAAAGAUUCUCAAAUGGAUGAUUAUUCAAUUUGCUGGUCCUUCUCACGUGCGCAGCCUUGCCCGUUCCCGAACUUUUACUACUCGAACAAAAGUUCCUCUUCAACAACGCCAAGAUCAUUCAGCAGUAGAAAUGUGGUUGGACAGAUUUGAAAGGACUCAUAGCGAUUUGAUAAUAAUGAAAACUGAAGAAUUUCGAGAUAAAACAUUAAAAGAAAUUGCUGAUGCAAUUAGAGAACAAACUUUGGCUUGUGGUACUCAACAUUUGGUUAUUGAUAAUUUGCAAGCACUUGUUGAUAUGGCUACAGUAAAUAUUGACCCAAUGACGGCAGCAGAAAGAACACAUCAACAGGAUCGUUUUGUUGGAAUGUUACGGAGAAUGGCAAACGCGCAGGAAUUGCAUAUUACUUUGGUUGUACAUCCUGUUAGAGAACCAAAUGAGCAAGGCUAUUAUGAACUUCAACAUAUUGGAGGGCCUUCUGCAAAAAUAACUCAAGAGGCAGAAAAUGUAUUGGUUAUUCAAAGACGACGAGAAACUGAUGAUCGAAGGAAGUUUCGAAAAUUUCUUUAUAUUCUCAAAAAUCGUUUUGGGGGAAGAUGCUUAGAAGUAGAUCAGAUUGAAAUGCUUUUCCAACCAUCUACACUAAUCCACUCUUUAGUGGAAGUGUCGAGAUGA